AUGGGGUCACCAUCACCACAGUCCAUGAAACAAGACCUUCAGGUCAUUGAAUCACCACCACAGCCCACGACCCAAGACUUCCAGGUCUUGGGGUCACCUCUACCAGCGCCCAUGAAUCAUGACCUGCAGACUCAGGUCAUGGGGUCACCACAUCCCCAGCCCAUGAAUCAUGACCUGCAGACUCAGGUCAUGGGGUCACCACAUCCCCAGCCCAUGAAUCAUGACCUGCAGACUCAGGUCAUGGGGUCACCACAUCCCCAGCCCAUGAAUCAUGACCUGCAGACCCAGGUCAUGGGGUCACCUCACCCCCAGCCCAUGAACCAUGAUCUACAGACCCAGGUCAUGGGGUCACCUCACCCCCAGCCCAUGAACCAUGAUCUACAGACCCAGGUCAUGGGGUCACCUCACACCCAGCCCAUGAAUCAUGACCUGCAGACCCAGGUCAUGGGGUCACCUCACCCCCAGCCCAUGAACCAUGAUCUACAGACCCAGGUCAUGGGGUCACCUCACACCCAGCCCAUGAAUCAUGACCUGCAGACCCAGGUCAUGGGGUCACCUCACCCCCAGCCCAUGAACCAUGACCUCCAGACCCAGGUCAUGGGGUCACCAGCACGUCCGCAGAUGAUGGUGCAGCAAAGCCCAUGA